CUGUGCGUGUCACGUGCGCUCGAUCACCCACGUUCACUACUGAGGAAAUGGCCGUACGUUUUCUGUCCGUAACGAGAAGAUAUCCCAUCGAUUUGUGCAGGUUAACACCAAGCGCGUCCACCAGGUCCAUUAUUGGCCUCUUCAGCACUGCAGCGGAACAGCAUAGUGCUGGAGAUGAUUGUCAUGGUGACGAUGGCAAUGAUGACCACAGCCAUGCAGUGACACAUGUCCGGAUGUUGGAGAUGAGAGCUAGAAAACUUGAGCAGCAGGUUCAUGACCUCACGGAGAGAUACAAACGAGCUCUUGCAGAUUCAGACAAUGUAAGAAGAAGAACACAGAAAUUUGUUGAAGAUGCCAAACUAUUUGGGAUUCAGAGUUUCUGCCGUGACCUCGUAGAGGUGGCAGACUUGUUAGAGAAGAGUGCAGAUGUCAAAAAAAAGGAAGGAACACAGCAGCUGACACAAUACCUGGCACAUAUACAGGGACGGCUGCAGGACGUGUUCACCAAACAUGGACUGGAGAAGAUGACACCCGUGGGAGCCGCUUACAACCCUUAUCAGCAUGAAAUAGUCUGUCAUACCCCAGCAGAGGGAGUGGAUCCUGGCUCUAUAGCUGUGGUAAAGCAAGAUGGUUACAUGCUGCAUGGACGUACCAUUCGCCAUGCCCUCGUGGGUAUUGCUGUGAAGACACAGGAGCAUUAACAUGGCCGUGGUUCAGUCCUCUUCUGCUUGACAGUUUCUUUACACUCUUAGAAUGUACAAUACCAUUGUUUUUACAUCUCUAGACAACAACAUUUGAUUUACUCUGAAAUAAUGGUUAUGUAUUUCUAAAGUGUUUUUUUCUGGUUUUUCUAACUUUAGAUUUACAGGCCCUGUUUUUUCCCCCAUAUUCCUAUUUACAGGGUGUUUACAAUGUCCAUUUAAUGUUUUGAUGGAUUCAGUAUUGUGUCUGUGAUUCAGACCGACUGAUUUAUUGUGUUACAGGAAUUGUAGUGUUGUAAUGAUCUGAAAAUUGCACUUUACACCCAUGUCGUGGUGGUUUCUGUAAGUGAUUAGUGGCAUUUGAAGGAAAAACAAUAAUGAUUUUUAAAAUAAAGUUUUAUUGGUUGUUCUCGAAUGUGUCAAGUAAGUGUUCUGGGCCACCAGUACCCCAAAACAAUUGCUAAAAUUGAGUUUUUUUUCUAUUUUUUUUGGGGGGGGGUAAACUUGAGUUAAAUGUAUAUAUAUGUGUGUGUGUGUGUGUGUCCAAAGUGGAAUUGAACUGAAUAAUUUUGGGGGAAAAAAGAACAUGAAACAUUUGUAUGUAUUUAUUUUGUUUGUAAUAGUUUGCCCUGAUAGGUUACUCUUAUUGUAAACGAGAAGAAAUUGUAAGCAAUUUACAUUUUCAUUUAAAAUGAAUGUUUUUACAUAUUUAUGCUUUGUUGAUGUUGAAAACUAUUAGUUUCUUCUUUUUUGUAUACAUACUAUGCAGAAGUGUUGACUGAAUAAAAUCUCAUUAUUUGUC